GAAGAGCAAAAAGGGGUGAAAAAUAGGCAAUUCUAAAGGCUAAGAUAAUUAUGUGCGAUUGCCCAAAAAAAAAAAAUUCCCUUCUUCCAUAUCACAGGGCUAGAGGAAGGAAAACAUGGCCACGGGAGACGAGGCUAGAAGUCAAUUGAGGGACGAAAAUCAGGACGUAGAGGACGAUGUAGAUCAAGAAGAGCGGGACCUAGGGGAUCGGGGCUCGGCAAUGUCACUAGGAAACAGGGAGAGGAGCAAGGACGCUGUGCCCGGGGAAGAUUCAGGAAAGAGCGGGGGAAGUAAACGGGGGACUCCGGGAACCAAGGAAGUCAGAGACAGGGAGAGUCCGGCACGUCAGCAGCCCGAGGGGGCAGAGCCGAAAAAGGUCAGGCUAACGGAUGCACGGAGAAAGCUAGCCGAAGUAGAGAGACGCACGGCAGAAUACAGGGCAAAACUAUUGGAAGAGAUCAUGAACGAUGCCAAGAAAAAUGCCGUCGAUGACAGGACGUUGGAAGAAGGGGAACUGGACCUCGGGCAAGGAAGCCAGGAUGGGGAUGCACAACACAGGAAGGAUCGGCCCAGAGACACGAGGGACACCCCAACAAGGAAAGGGAAAGAAGGAAUAAAAUUCCUUAGGGAGGAUAGAGAUAGACCAGUCAAUCCACUGCUAUUGGACAGCGGAGCAAGCCGACCCUCGGUGUUGCCUGUUAACUUCAUCACCGAGAGUGAUGACCGCGACGGGGUUAAUGUGACCACCAGACAACGGGGUGCUGCAAAGAAGGUAAUUCAGGACGCGGUCAUGGAAGACGCGCAGGAAGGGUCGAAUCCACCAGCAGAAUCGGACCACGACAAAGUUUACGGCAAGCCUAGGGAGGAGGCGCCCGUAGACAAAGUAACAUCUGCAAAGAAGAAAUUCAGGUACCAGAUCCCUAUCCUUGCCGAUCUUGAGAUAGACCACACUCUUAGCCAGUUGCUAGUGACCAUGGUAUCGGUUGCUUUCCAGACCAUGUUGCAGGCUAGUCCUAGACUACUAAAGGGCCUAAGACAGCUGCUAACAAGGCAAAGGGUGGAAGUAGCGGAGGAACCGGGUGAACGCGAAGAAGGCAAGGAACAGGAGCCACCGCGGGAAGUGGCAAACCUUCAAAGGGCCCUCGGGGAUCUGAAAGAUCUAGAGAAGGCCUUCACAGACAUCCGACUAAGUCUGCCAGACCGGGAAGGUGGAGAAGUCAUGAGGGCACCGCCUGGCACGAAACUGAGUUUCCAUGCGCUACCGGUAGGGAAACCGAAAGUCCAGAUUGGCACCCACCGUACGGAUACACUCGUAGAUGGCAGGGCAGAAAUCACACUCAUUCGCAAGGACUUUGCAACAAUUGCUGGGUGCCCAAUCAUCCGGGAGGUCACGGGGAGUGUCCGGGGAGCAAGUGGGGAAAUCCCCUUUUCCGACUAUGUUACCAAGUGCGCAGUUAAAACCGAGGUUAGAGAGUCUAUAUGGUCGUUCCAACGAAUGACCGUCAUGGACGAAAUGGACCAUGACGUGAUCCUCGGGCGCCCGUGGUGUGCGAACGUAGAGAUGAUCGGGAUGCAUCGGCACGACGACACCUACAUGGUAGACAUAGAGGACCCGGUGUCGGAGUGCGCGGUGUCCCGACCCUCCUCCGUGUGCCAAGUCCCUAUCUGGUACCUGGGCUAUAGUAUGAUGUGGACCAGUCCCAGUGGCGUUGCCUUCAGCAAAAGGGGUGCGCCACAGGACUUCCAUUGGUCCACGCAGGCUCGGCGCCCUGCUGUACAGCACAACCGGCCUGUGACAGUGGUAGCCGCCAGGUUCACCCUGGGACGCGGAAGUGGGAAGGCAGGCUCAGCCUUUUCAACUGCACGCCGAGCGUCCCUCUAGUGAGUUAUGGGUUAGGUGUGUGAGAAAUAAUCGCUGUCGGAAAAGGAAAAACUGAACAAAAUAAAUAAAAUGAA